AUGCAGAAUGGCUACUCGCAUUCACUAGCCACCGCUGAUCCUCGAGCGGAGGUCGACCUGGUCACCAAAAGCGAGCGCAGCCCAUCCGAACCCUUCGAGUCCCAUCCCGUCUCCGAGUCCUCCCCCGAGCCCGAUGCCGCAGACGACUCUUAUGAUGCCGAAUCUCAGGUUUCUGAUGGAGAAGAAGAUGAGGAGGAUGACGAUGCCGUUGCCGAGAACAGCGGUGAUGGGCUAGACCAGUCAAGCCGUGAAAACUCUUCAUCACCGCAACCAGACCGAGGCAUGAAACGAAGAUCAUCGCCGCUGGAUGAAACUGAGUUUAUGCGCCAGAAUCCUGAUCUUUAUGGCCUACGUCGUAGUGGUCGCGCACGUACAACCCGUCAUCUCGUCGACUCGUCUGAAUCCGAAUCCGAUGCAGUUGCGCCUCGCUCCAAGCGCCGGCGCAAGGAACAGUCCCAACAACCCUCUAAGACCUCACGGUCUGGGACUAUCUCGUCUUUUUCGGAAAGUGAUAGCGAUGAAUAUGGUGGCAAGUCAAGCAAGGCGCGGCGAAGGCGUCUGAAGCAAGCUGCAAGCGCCGAACCUUCAUUCACUGAAGUUCGUUUCUCGACCCGAAACACUGCCAAGGUUUCCAACUACAACGAAGAUGAAGAUGACGACAUUUUCGCUGAGGACCCAGAUGAGGCCACGGAGAACUAUUGGGCCGGUAGCUAUGUGGAAGAUACUCGGCCUGCGGUUGAUGUCGUUCUCAAUCAUCGGCGUAAGGACGGAGUUGACCCUAAUGACGCCGGAGUCGACCGGUCACAUUUUGAGUUCUAUAUUAAAUGGCAGGAUAAAUCGCAUUAUCACGCCACCUGGGAGCCAAACGAGGCCCUUGUCAACUAUCGGAGUACCCGCCGUGUAGACAACUAUGUUCGAAAAGUACUCAAUGAGGAGCUUCGCCUGCUGCAUGACCCAGACGCUGCCCCUGAAGAUCUGGAAAAAUGGAACCUCGAUCGUGAGCGGGACGUUGAGGCGAUCGAGGACUACAAACAGGUUGAACGAGUGAUUGGCGUCCGAGAAGGGGAAGAUCUAUCGACCGAAUAUCUGGUCAAGUGGAAACGGCUGUUCUAUGAUUCAUGCACGUGGGAAUCGGAAGACUUGAUCAGCGAGAUCGCACAACAUGAAAUCGAUCGUUUCAUCGAUCGAUCUGCCCGUGUACCAGUCUCAGAUCGGAUGGAGACAAAUCCGGAUACGCGCAGGCCAUUUGAGCGUAUUCAAACGUCACCAGAUUUUCUGCAGAAUGGCGAGCUCAAAGAUUUCCAAAUUAAGGGUCUCAACUUCCUUGCGUUCAACUGGGUCAAAGAUCGCAAUGUCGUCCUCGCAGACGAAAUGGGUCUCGGCAAGACUGUACAGACCGUCUCGUUCAUCAACUGGCUGCGUCAUGUUCGUCGCCAACAGGGCCCUUUCAUCGUCAUUGUUCCCUUAUCCACUAUGCCAGCCUGGGCCGAUACUUUUGACUACUGGACCCCGGACUUAAACUACGUUGUUUACAAUGGCAGCGAAAAAGCGCGCUCUGUACUCCGUGACUAUGAGUUGAUGGUAGAUGGCAAUCCCAAAAGACCUAAAUUUCAUGUCCUUUUGACGACCUACGAGUAUGCCAUGAAUGAUUCCCCUUUCCUUGGCCAGUUCAAGUGGCAAUUCAUGGGAGUUGACGAGGCUCAUCGUCUCAAGAACCGUGAUUCGCAGCUUUACGUCAAGCUGAGCGAAUGGAAGUGCCAGGCUCGCCUCCUUAUCACUGGCACGCCUAUCCAAAACAAUCUUGCGGAAUUAUCAUCCCUCAUGGACUUCCUCAAUCCUGGUCUCAUUCAUGUUGAUGCUGAUAUGGAUCUCAACUCCGAGCUUGCUUCUGAGAAGCUCGCUCAGUUGACUGAUGCCAUUCAACCGUACAUGCUGCGUCGAACCAAGUCCAAGGUUGAGUCUGAUCUUCCUCCAAAGACGGAAAAGAUUAUCCGUGUGGAACUUUCAGAUGUCCAGUUGGAAUACUACAAGAAUAUUUUAACAAAGAACUACGCUGCUCUCAACGAUGGUGCAAGGGGAAUGAAACAGUCCUUGUUGAACAUCAUGAUGGAAUUGAAGAAAGCAAGUAAUCAUCCGUUCAUGUUUCCUAACGCAGAGGCCAGGAUCUUGGAAGGUAGCACACGGCGAGAAGAUAUUCUUCGAGCCAUGAUCACGAGUAGUGGCAAAAUGAUGCUGCUGGAUCAGCUUCUUCGGAAGAUGAAAGAGGAUGGCCACCGAGUAUUGAUCUUCUGUCAAAUGGUUGGUAUGCUAAAUAUCCUGAGCGAGUAUAUGGAAUAUCGCGGCUACAAGUAUCAACGGUUGGAUGGAACUAUCCCUUCGGCAUCUCGUCGCCUUGCCAUUGAGCACUACAAUGCCCCAGACAGCACCGACUUCGCCUUUCUUCUGUCCACUCGUGCUGGUGGUCUUGGAAUCAACUUGAUGACUGCUGACACAGUAGUCCUUUUCGAUUCAGACUGGAAUCCUCAAGCUGAUUUGCAGGCCAUGGCUCGAGCCCACCGUAUUGGGCAGACUCGGCCUGUCAGUGUCUACCGCCUGGUCUCUAAGGACACCAUUGAGGAAGAAGUUAUUGAAAGAGCCCGCAACAAACUCAUGCUGGAGUUCAUCACUAUUCAACGGGGCGUCACAGAUAAGGAGGCUUCUGAGAUGCAGAACAAAAUGGCCCGCUCCAUCGGCGAACCCAAUUCUACAGAAGAUAUUUCGCGGAUUCUGAAGCGUCGUGGCCAGAGGAUGUUUGAACAAACCGACAACCAGAAGAAGCUCGAGCAACUGGACAUUGACUCUGUUCUCGCGAAUGCUGAAUUGCAUCACACUGAACAAGAAGAACAGAUUCAGGCUGAUGGUGGCGAAGAAUUCUUGAAAGCCUUCAACUACGUUGAUAUUAAGGUCGAUGAUCUUAGUUGGGAUGACAUCAUUCCCGCAGAACAGCUCGAGGAAAUCAAAGCGGAAGAGAAGCGCAAGGCCGAUGAGAAAUAUCUGGCCGACGUCAUCGAACAGAACAGGCCUCGGAAACGCCAAGCUCCUACUGACGACACUCGAGACACCAGAGAGGAGCGCAAAGCAAAACGCCAUGCUAGAGCACAAGUCAUUAUUGAUGAUGGCGAGGAAGACAACAGCUCAUUGGAUCCCAAACGUCCCCUUGGGGAGAAAGAAUACCGUGCUCUUUCUCGGGCUUUCUUGCGCUACGGCGAUUGGGCGGACUGCGAGGAGCUUAUUCUUGAGGACUCUCGGUUACAAAACCGCGAUCGAGACACCGUGUACGCAGCUCUUCGCGAGAUGACUGAUAAGGCGUCUGCUUUGGUACACGAAAACACAACUCAAAUGGAGGCUCUCAAGAAUUCGGGCAAAAAUGUUACAAAAAAGGAGCAAAAAGCUGUUUUGUUUGAUCACCAUGGGGUCAAGCGGCUUAAUGCAUGGACAAUGAUAGACCGGCCACCCGACAUGCGUCUUGUACGAAAGGUCACUACGUCGCUCCCGGACUUCAAGAACUUCCGUCUUCCAGAAGCUACCAAACUAGCUGAUUAUAGCUGCUCAUGGGGUGCUCGGGAAGAUGGCAUGCUUCUGGUUGGUAUUGCUCGGCAUGGCUUUGGCGCUUGGACUCAGAUUCGUGAUGACACUGAUUUGGGUCUUGGUGACAAGUUUUUCCUUGAGGAGCACCGAGUAGAGCGCAAGACCCAACGAAUGCAAGGGGAUGAGAAAUCCACAAAGUCUCCCGGUGCGGUUCACCUCGUCCGUCGAGCAGAAUAUCUACUCUCAGUUCUGAGGAACAAGCACAGCAAUGGUAGCAACGUCAGCGCGAGACGUGCUGUGGAUAACCAUCACCGUAACAACAAGCGUAACUCACGUGUUGGUAGCACCAGCGUCUCUGCAUCUCCUGCACCCUCCGGUCGCAAGUCUCAGCGUGAGGUUGAUCGCUCACGGCAGCGCUCCCAUACACAUGGCAGCCGUGACGGUGGUGAUCGCCAUCACACCCCUAGUCAUGAUCGCCCUCGGUCUGGUCAUGAUGCUGAGCGUCCUCGUCACCGUCUCUCGGAUGCUACCAAUGAAGAGCUUCGCCGAAGGAAAGGUCACGAAAAUGGCGGCUCGAAUAAGGAAGACAUGGCCUUUAUGUUCUUCAGACCCAUCGUCCCGAACCUCAAGCAAGUUUCCAUGAUCACAGCUAAAAACUAUCCCAAUAAGCAUGAGCGCGCCCUCAAGCUCCGCAACACGAUUGUGAAGAUUGGCGAAUUUAUUCGCAACACUUUGGAAGGCGAACAGUCGAUGCCUUCCCUUGAAAGACGCCUUUGGGAUUAUGUUUCUGCUAACUACUGGCCCAACAAGGAGGCAAGUGGUUCUAAGCUUCAACAGAUGUUCGAAAAAGUCAUGGAAGCAAGCAAGACGGAGAAGAAGUCUUCAAAUGGGUCAUGA